ACGGGCGUUUGUGAGCCCUCACCCGUGUCCCGGGCUGUGCGGAGGGCGGGAGGGAGUAGGCCGCAGGCUGCCCCCGCUGCCCCGAACCUGUCCCCGCCGGCCGGGCUGGGCAGGGCCGUGGCGGCCCUCAGCCUCAGCAAAAUAUUUCCUGUUGUGCACACCAAACAAGUCAGUCCAAGACUAAUGACGUGGCAUCGGCUGCUAAAAUAUUGGCUGCUAGUAUCAGUGGAGAGAAGUGGUGCGCCUGCGCAGAAGGCAGGUAACCAUGUGCGACCGAAAGGCGGUGAUCAAAAAUGCCGAUAUGUCGGAGGAGAUGCAACAGGACUCCGUGGAAUGUGCUACUCAGGCAUUGGAGAAAUACAACAUAGAAAAGGAUAUCGCGGCCCAUAUUAAGAAGGAGUUUGACAAGAAGUACAACCCCACCUGGCACUGCAUCGUGGGGAGGAACUUCGGUAGUUACGUGACACAUGAAACCAAACACUUCAUCUACUUCUACCUGGGCCAAGUGGCCAUUCUUCUGUUCAAAUCUGGUUAAAAGCAUGGACUGUCCCACACACCCAGUGAUCCAUCCAAAAAUAAGGAUUGCAGCCUAAAUUCCAAAUUCCAGAGACUGAAAACCUUCAGCCUUGCCUAAAGGAACACCUUGAUCUUGAACCUUUAUUGUGUUGUUUUGUACAGGGUAUUCUCUGUACUCAUUUGUUGUUAUAAAACAAUUAGCAAAGAAGCUUACAUUUGUAUUUAUUUUCUAUUCCAUACCUCUCUGCCCCAUGUUUUUUCUCCUCAAAAUCCCUUCCUUUCCCAAAAUAAAACUUGUCGGAGAA